UGGCGGGUGGCGCGUGUGGAGGCGCCUGUGAGGGGCCGCGGCGGGCACCGAGCGGGGCGGCUCUGAGGCCGGGCGGGAAGAUGCCAGUGGCGGUGAUGGCGGAAACCCCCUUCAGCUUCAGGAAGCUCCUGGAGCAGUGCGAGACCCAGGAGCUGGAGGCCCCUGGAGGAAUUGCAACACCCCCAGUUUAUGGUCAGCUUCUAGCGCUAUACCUGCUGCACAAUGAUAUGAAUAAUGCACGAUAUCUUUGGAAAAGAAUUCCUCCUGCUAUUAAAUCUGCAAAUUCUGAACUUGGUGGAAUUUGGUCAGUGGGACAAAGAAUUUGGCAGCGAGACUUUCCAGGAAUCUACACAACAAUCAGCGCACAUCAGUGGUCUGAGACUAUUCAACCAAUCAUGGAAGCACUUAGAGAUGCAACUAGGAGACGAGCUUUUGGACUGGUUUCUCAGGCAUAUACCUCAAUAAUUGCAGAUGAUUUUGCAGCCUUUGUUGGACUUCCUGUAGAAGAAGCUGUGAAAGGGGUGUUAGAACAAGGAUGGCAAGCAGACUCAACAACUCGUAUGGUAAUGCCUAAAAAGCCAGGGGCACUGGAAGCUUCCUUUAACAGAUUUAUUCCUUUACCAGAACCUGCUACAGUUCCACCAAUUCCUAAUGAGCAACAGUUGGCCAGAUUGACUGACUAUGUGGCUUUUCUUGAAAAUUAAUUACCCUUCUCCUGUGUUCAAGACGGAACCUGGAAAUUCUGUGUACUGGCAGUUCUACUAUCUAAAACUUACUUUUAUCCUGUUUGUUAAAUGUUGCAGCCUUCCCCUACUGGAAUAUGUUGAUAAAAUAUAUAGAAUAUAUUUUGUUCUUAUAUGUGUUUUGCCAAAGCAAAGUUAGUAGUUGAAAUAGUCCUUAACUCCAAUAUUAUUUAUCCAUUAGGUACACAGCAGUAUUACACGUUAAGUUUUAUUCUCUUAUGACUCGUAGCGGGAAAGGGCAUCUCUCUCCAACUGUACUGAUAUAGACUAUUGCAAAGCAGCAAGCAGAAGGAAAGAGAAGAUUUGCCAUCAGCAAAGGAGAUUGAUGUAAUUGUUACAUCCUUUGUACUCAUGGUUUCAAUGCUUCCAUUGCUGGCAGUGGAAUACUUACCAGGAAAAUCAGUCACAGAUGGAUGAAGUCUGACCAGGAGAAGGCUAUUCUACCUGCAUCUGUAAAGGAGAAACCUUUCAAAGUACAAUAAAUAUUUAGUUGUGAACCAUAAGUAACAGUAAGUUACAGUAACUAUUACUGUACUUUCCUGCAAGAUUCCUUCCAUCUGUGGUGAGAUUUUUAUAACUGGUUACUCUUGUAUCCCAUUGCUUACCUAUUUCUGAGUUGUCUUAUUUCCCCUAGGGUUAGUUUUGAGUGCUCUGUGAAAACUAUUUGUAGGCUGGUGUACUUUUUUUUACUGCAGACUGAUAUUUUUAAUAUACCUGGGGCACCUAGAGAAUACAUUUCAAAGUUGAUUUGGGGGUGAGGGAAGGCAAAUGUUCACUUCACUUGCUCUGAAAAAGCAUUUGGUUUUGGAAGGCUUAACUUUUAAGAGCAGCCACUCGGGGCACUCAGACCAGUAUUUUGCCCUGUAACUUGUUGGAAUAUUAUGCCAUGAUUCUCAAUACUACUCUGAAAGCUGGAUCUAUUUGUGUCAUAUAGGCUGGUGAUGGCUUCACCAGAAAGAGUUUUUUGCCUGCCUUGGCAGCUUUCUGGACUACUCUUGUCACUGGAAAAUAAUUUAAUAAUUAGAUGCCUUUGAAUAAAAUAAAUCUAUGGAGGCUGGGCUAGAGUAUGCUGCACUAUCAGUUCAAGUAGCGUACAUCCUGUACCAGAGCACUGCUGUAUUAAUCCGUGAAUUCAGAAUUGGAAAGGAAACAACUUGCAUUCCCUUGCCUAUCCUAAUGUUAAACCAGGGCACAUAGUGGUGCUUUAAGGGGCAGUGCAUGCCUUUACCUUCCUCUCUCCUUUCAUUUGGUUGUCAACGUAUUCAAUGGUUUGUCACUUGAAGAGGGCAAGUUCUUGUUAUCUGUAGUGACAUUCUCCCAGUGUGUGCUACCUACUGUACGUUCUUUUGUUUUGGGUCCGAGGGGAAGGGGUUCUAAACAGUGUGUUGUUGCAUUUAGACCCCCUUUUACGUGUAACCAUUUACUUUCAAAAGAUUAUUUAUUUGAAGCCCAUCUAAGUCUUGGAGCUCUAUAAAUAUGGAUGCAAAUAUAAUUUCAGUGAUAUUAAAACAUGUUUACACUAA